GCCACUCUGACAGUCAGUGCUCCCUCCACUACUGCCAGUAUUGCUGUUGGAGGAGAUGUGGGGUCAACAGUGACUGAUAUGUUGAGAGCCUACGCCACAUAUGAGGUGACUGUGAAGGCAGUCAGUGAUGUCAGAGGUACAAGUCGACCUAGUGAGACCAAGAGAGUUCUAACACCACAGACAAGUGCAGGAGAGGCUCCAGGG